CGUCACGGCUGGGAAUUUACGAGCAGACGAAACAAAUUCCUUGUUAUGUGCGGCGCCUCAUUGGUCCUUUCAAACGCAGCCUCAUCAAGCGUAUGCGCCAAGUUGCUCAGGUCUAAUCUCUUCAUGCUUUGGGCUAAGCUAGCAACAUAGAGCCGGCACAGCUAAGCACUCCAGCCUUGCACGCUUUACACGAGCUCAACGGUACAAACCGUGAAGUUUUAUACAGAGGAGUUACCCCAGAAACGUCAAGAAUUCCUACUGUUUCAUCCACGACCAGGGGAGGAACCUUAAUCUCUUCGGAUAACCUCGUACAUUUUCUUGGAACACGCCGUAUAGCUGGUAAAUUUAGCCACUUUCGAGGCGGCCCAGUUGCUAAUGGGGACUGACAUUAAUCAAACGUAUGAGAGGACGCAGCAAAUGGUUUCAGGAAUGAAUUCACGGUCCUGGGCCAUGAAUAUUUGGGGAGGAGGGUGAAUAUAUAAAGGUGGGCACGAUCCACGGGGGAUUUUUUUUGCCUUUCAUGUUGGAAGACACAGAUCAUUGUUGACAUUUUUUCCACCCAACCUGUCAAAGCCGAAUUGUUUUGUCCAUUACAAAAUGAAGGCACUCUUUUCCCAGGCCCUGUCACUUGCGGCACUCGCAAUGACAUGGAGCCCUACUCAGGCAGAGCAACUUGCUGCCCGCGAUAUCACCAUGUUCGAAGAACGCUUCCUUAACUCGCUCGAAUAUCAGCUCCCCAACAAUACCAUUAAGCUGAUCGGCUUCAAGAAGGUCAAAGUUCCAGAGCACGAACGUGGCGACCUAAACCAGCACUACCUGAGCAACCCCCAGGAAUGGGGAAAGCUGAAGAAUUAUUUCUACGAUCCAUCCAGCGGUACAUUCCGAAUUUAUUUCCCUGUGGAGGGGGCCAUAGUCUCGCAUGACGGGAAACAACACGAGGCAAACCACCUGGGAGAGCUCAAACUCCCAAAAAUUCACGGCGAUUACUCAGUCCUAGGCAGGAAGCAGACUUCCCACGUCACCGGUGUCGAAGGCAAUAUCAUCAAAGACGGCAUUAUUUACCUCGAGAACCCUCCAAAGCCGCACGCUCAGCAUGGGAACGCCUACGUAUAUGACUUUGGGGUCAAGGUCGUCCUUGACCACGACCACAGCGGGCGCCUCCAGAAGCGGAAGGGGAAGAAAGCGUGCAUGAACAACCACGGUGGUCCCAAUUGCAGCUACAAAUACAACAUCCAUGGCAAAUGCAAGCGACGUCGUGACACCUGCAUGGAUUAUAACGGCUGGUUUUCCAAUUGCAAGAAGAAUGGCCCCACUUGGAGAAACUUCCCAGGAAGUGAUUGCGACAAAGCCCUUGGCCGUGGCCAUUGUUGGAAUGAAGUUAUGUAAGGGGAUGCCGAAGAGUUUAACGUCUGUGGCGGGUUGAACGGUUCUCAAGAACGAUUUGUGAUAUCCGAUUUCAAUAUCUAAGCGUUUUCCUGGGUUUUGCUAGUCAUCUUCCAAGAUAGCAUUGUAAUCCUGUUGGCUUUGAUUAAAUAUUAUUUUCCUCUCUGCAAAUCCGAAAAGAGCUUAAAUCUUAUUGAAAAUAGCAAUGAGUUCCUAUCUCUCAACAACUUGCUCAUCAGCUCAAUACAUUAACAAGGGAUGCUCCGUACAUGACCUUGAGCAUAUAAACAUGACUUCAAUAUUAUUUUAUGAACAUACCAAGUCAGACAAAAAGUGUUGAUUUGUUGGGAAUGAUCCCAGCCAUCGCAUUGGCAUUAUAAAACGAGACACACCUCAAUCUGUCCGUCAACUCUGCCCCUCAGCCCCAUUUAGGUUCAAUUUGCAGCUUAUUGUGUGACUUUUUAACAUGGCGCGGGGUUUCUAGCCAGCCCUCAAAGUAUUAAGGUGGGUGGCUAGCACGACUUUCCAAUAGAGUGCACUUUACCUCUGUACACUUCUGCUGGUCAAACUAGCAUAUGAAGCCAGUUUG